GCUACAGUCGUCAUGCCCAUCGAACAAUCGCAAGGUAAGGUCGUCCUGAAGCAUCCUAAGGGAGCGUCUGCAGAGAUCCUCCUGUACGGUGCUACUGUGCUCUCCUGGAAAGCAGCUUCUGCAACCGAUGUCAUGCCGAAGGAGCGACUCUUUGUAUCAGGCAAGGCUGCUCUAGAUGGUAGCAAGCCAGUCCGAGGCGGCAUCCCAGUUGUUUUCCCGUGCUUUGGGGCUCCUUCUCACCCCGACCACUCAAAGCUUCCUCAACAUGGCUUUGCCAGAAGCGAGACCUGGUCGUUUAGCGACGUGGUACUGGAUAACGAGGCCGGUGUAUCUGUGAGGUUAACACUUCUGCCUAACGACAGUAUUCAAGCCAGGUUUGGAAAACCCUUUGAGCUUGCCUAUGUUGUCACACUCUCCGAACACCAGCUGAGCACCGACCUCCACGUCAAGAACCCUGGCACACCCGGUUCUGCGACCCUAGAAUUCCAAGCUCUCUUCCACAACUAUAUCCGUGCUACGGCUAAUGACGUGCUUGUCACUCCACUCCAAGGCGUGACCUACUAUGACAAAACGGAGGCAACUGACGAGCUUAAAGCUCAGCCCAAGACAGAGACCAGGUCUGGGGUAGACGUGAAGACAUUCACCGACUCAGUGUACGAGAAUGCUGGCGGAAAGUACCAGGUGGCCUGGCCCGGAGGCGGUGUUCAGGUUAAGACCAGGAAUCUGAAGGACGUCGUGAUUUGGAAUCCUCAAGCAGAGGCUGGCUCCAAGAUUGGAGAUAUGGAAGGCGGCGGGUGGGAGAAGUACGUCUGCGUUGAGCCUGGAUAUGUCCGAGGUUUCGUCGUGCUUGCCGGGGGUGAGACUUGGGUUGGCCAACAGGUCCUGACAGUGACCGAUGGCUCACUCGGUGCAAUUGCUCCCGGGUUAUAAGCAAGCAUCGGCGUUGCUAAAGAAGACAAUGUACUAUAUACAACAGAUAUCAGACAUACGCUUG